AUGGAUUCAAGCACUGCCCACAGUCCUGUGUUUCUGGUAUUCCCUCCAGAGAUCAUGGCUCCUGAAUCUGAGUCAACAGAAUUUUCAGGCAUGACCUUUGGGAAUCAAAACACCCUGCAAAAAUUAGUUUCUUCAAAAAUGAAAAUCAUUGGGAGUACCCAGAUCCUGCUUGGAAUUAUGAUCUUUUCUUUUGGAGUUGUUUUCCUUUUCACUUUGACAAAACCAUACCCAAGGUAUCCCUUCAUAUUUUUGUCAGGAUAUCCAUUCUGGGGCUCUUCUUUGUUCAUUAAUUCUGGAGCCUUCCUAAUUGCAUUGAAAAGAAAAACCACAGAAACUCUGAUGCUAACAAGCCGACUAAUGAAUUUUCUUAGUGCCCUGGGAGCAAUAGCUGGAAUCGCUCUCCUCGCAUUUGGUUUCCUUCUAGAUCAAGACUACAUUUGCGGUUAUUCUGUAAAAAAUAAUCAUUGUGAGGCUAUUACUAUCCUAUUCAUGGGAAUUUUGAUUAUGUUGACGGUCUUCAGCGUUUUUGAGUUAUUGAUUACAUUGCCUUUGUCGAUCGUGGGGUUCAGCUCAGAAGACUGUGAUUGUGGGGAAUGGUGUUAA